AUGAGGGAGGUAUGCGACGGUGUGUUCAUCGGCAACCUGGCCGAUGCCACGUCGGUACGAAUGCUGGAACGAGCGCAUAUCAUGCGCCUUGUCUCUCUCUGCCCAAUGGCUCGCUCUUCUUUCGUUACUGUCACGCCUCCUCCUUCCGAUCCGGAAUCUACCCCGAAUCCCGCUGAGACUCCCGCCGAUACAAGCGCAAAAGCUGGCGGGGUAGAAUGUGACAGUGUGACGCGUGGCUGUGACGGGCGCGGACGGCAACGGCUGACCGUAGAUCUUCUAGACAUGGACGACGCAGAUCUGCUGGCGGUGCUGCCGAGCUGCCUGGCGUUCGUAGAGGAGAGCGUGAGUUGCGGGGAGAAGGUGCUCGUGCACUGCCACGCUGGCGUGUCGCGAAGCGCAGCAGUGGUUACCGCAUAUCUCAUGAAGCUUCACAAAUCGACGGCUGAGGUCCAAGCACCCCCUCGCAUGCCCCAACAACGGCUUUCUACGUCAGCUGCGCAUAUUCCACAGCAUGGGGUGGGAAGUCAACCCCCACCACUCCGACUACUCGCGCUUCAAGCUGCAGCUCAUGGCUCGCCGAAUCACCAGCACACUGCACCAGGGCGUGCCCAUUGGGGCCAGUAA